UGGGGAUAUGCUGUAGUGGAUUGGAUAUUGUAAUCCCUCUCAAUGUCAUCUGGCGACCUCUUCCUUUCUCCAGCCUGACUUUAGACAUGAUUACCUCGGGCAAUCCGCUCGAGCAGAACGAUGACACCGACUAUGAGUCUCCGCGCGGAGCCUCAAUGUCCAGCCUUUGUGAUCGCUUCUAGCGACCAUCUGCGACAAGUUUCCAUCACCAAACACUGUGCCAGACGUUGUCAGCGGUCACUGGACUAGGUAGAGACGAAAGCGUUGCUGUCAGGAAGGCACAUUCACCUCAAGUCUGCAUUGGCAUGGUCCAAGUCUUCCCUAACGAUUGAAAUUCGUUGUAUUUUCGAUUUUCCAGUAUCAUUGUACACUUUAGGCCGAUUUUACAAUAGACAACAUCGAACCAUACCACUCUCAACCUCAAGAUGAUGAAAGCGCUUAUAUUCUACGGCCCAUACGAUGUGAGGCUGGAGGAACGGCCCAUUCCGCAUCCCGUUGAUCCCACCGAUGUCAUUAUCAAAACCACUUCGGCUGCCCUGUGUGGAAGUGAACUUCACCGGUAUCGUGGCCAUUCGAAAACUAAUAUGCAACCCGGUUAUGUCACAGGACACGAAGCACUGGGUGUUGUACAUGAAGUUGGCAGUCAGGUCAAAAGGUUCAAGAAGGGUGAUCGAGUAAUAGCACCUUUUCUGACUAGCUGCGAUGUAUGCUUCCACUGUCAACGAGGCGUUCACGGGCGGUGCAAGCAGGGAAGGAAUUUCGGCAACCCAACCUUGGAUGGAUCCCAGGCGCAAUACUUCAAGUGCCCCCUGGCUGAUACAUCACUAUAUCAUAUCCCAGCAGAAGGGAAUCUAGGAGAGCUGGCCAUCAUGAUGACAGACAUUUUUCCAACGGGCUACAACGCGGCAAAAAGGGCUUUCAUCGACACAUCGAAAGACCAGUGGCAGAAUAUGACCAUCGCCGUCAUCGGGUGUGGUCCGGUAGCACUAUGUUCAAUCAUUGCCGCUCGAGAGUACAAGCCCGCAAGGAUAUUCGCGGUUGACUCGCUUCCGAACCGGCUCGAGGCGGCCAAGAAUCUCGGUUGUAUACCGUUAAACUUCAAGGAAGUAGAUGUAGCGGCCGAGAUCAAGAAGGCCACAGACAACAACGGUGUUCAUGCCGUCAUUGAAGGCGUAGGACUUAGUCCUGCGCUGAAGACUGCAUAUGACAUUAUUUGUCCGGGAGGGAAGAUCAGCUCUUUUGGCGUACACAACGAUAACAUUCCCUUCAGCGCGGGUGACUGCUACAACAAAAACAUCCGUAUCGAGUUUGGGCGGUGCCCAAUAAGAGCCGUAUGGGACGAGGCGCUCGCGUCCUUGAUCCGCAACAAGGCUACGAUUGAGGACAUGAAGUUCAUUGAUCUGGUGCUGCCGACGCUGGACGAGUCCUAUGCAGAUGCGUUGGCACGGUUUGAACGUGGAGAACUGAACAAAGUCGUCUUCAAACCGAAUGGACCAGAAGCAUGAAUUGAGCUGCAUCGAGAGGACAAGGGCCAGACGGAGACAGUAAAGUUCUAGCUCAAAAAGGGUCACCAUAUAUAUUCGAUUAAAGCAUUCAGACUUAGACGACGUCGAAGGUCCACCACCAGGACAUUCAAUGGUCCACUCGUUCACUGACAUAUUUCCAGUACGUCGCCGCGUUUGCCUCUCUCCAUUGUUUACCCCAUUUGAUCAUGAUCAAGAACGAAGCGGUCGUGACCGAAGCCACCACGGCGGCGAGAAUGAACAUGUUCUGUGCUCCCAUGUUGUCCAGCCACGGGGUCACGCCGUAAUUGAAGCCAAAAUUCAUCUGCAAACAAGGCUGUCAGUCACCGAAUGCUUCAAAUGGUGCUCUCUC